AUGGGGAUUGACUCAUCACCAUCUCUUCUGAGUAAAAUGAAGGAUAAAGUAGUGGAGACGGCCAAGAAUGUAAAGAAAAUUGGGAAGGACGAUCCAAGAAGAAUCAUGCAUUGUGCUAAAAUGGCAGUAGCUCUUACCCUCAACUCUUUGCUCUACUAUUACAAUCCACUUUAUGAUGGUUUUGGACAGUCCGGAAUCUGGGCUGUUUUGACUGUCAUCCUCGUUUUUGAGUUCACUGUUGGUGCCGCCUUAUCCAAAUCCUUGAACAGGAGCUUUGCUACACUCUUAGGAGGUUCUAUGGGUGUUGGAGCUAAGUAUUUGGCUGACAUUUCUGGCGACAAAGGCGAACCUGUGGUUCUUGGUUUAUUUGUUUUCAUCCUAGCUGUCACAUCAACAUUCAUGAGAUUUAUUCCUGGUAUCAAGAGAAAGUAUGACUAUGGAGUGAUGAUAUUCAUCCUCACCUUCACUAUGGUAACGGUCUCCGGCUAUCGGACGGAGCAGAUUAUACGGUAUGCACAUCAACGGCUAUCAAUGGUGGCCAUCGGAGGCGUGACAAGCUUACUCAUUUCCGUGCUUGUAUGCCCUGUAUGGGCCGGAAAAGAUCUUCAGAACCUCAUUGCUACAAAUAUUGAAAAGCUUGGAAAGUCCUUAGAAGGGUUUGGAAGUGCAUAUUUUAGGGUUCUUGAAGGUGAAGGAGGUGGCAUGGCAGCAUUUCCUCAAGACUACAAAUCUGCAUUCAAUUCUAAAGCCUCUGAAGAUUCAUUGGCAAUUUUUGCAUGGUGGGAAUUUGGUCAUGGCGACUUCAAGUUUCGUCAUCCAUGGGACCAAUACUUGAAAGUUGGAGGUCUUGUCAGGGAAUGUGCUUCCCAUCUUCAAGCUCUCUCCAGCUACUUCAACACAGACGAUGAUGAGGCCACAUUGUUAAGUUUUAAGAGCAAGAUUGAAGAGCCAUGCACAAGAAUGUGCUCACAAUCCACCCAGGCUUUGAAAGCUAUAUCAUUAGCCAUCAAAACCAUGGAAAAUCCGUCCCCGGCAAUCCAAGACCACCUACGAAACUCAAAAGCCGCCAUUAAUGAUCUCGAGGUCGUGUUCCGGAGCUCUUCAUUGUCGACGGAGCAAAUCUUCGACAUCGUACCGUGCGCUGCGGUUAUUUCUAUACUGAUCGACAUUGUUGAUUGCGUGGAUAAGAUUUCCAAAUCCGUUGACGAGCUGUCGAAAAAAGCGGAUUUCAAGAAACCAACGGAGAAAUCUCCCUCGCCGGCGCCGGAGGAGCAGCGGCAGCAACCGCCGCAACAACAGUUGCUCCACCGCGGAACUGUCACACCCGUUAAUGAAGAGAUCAAGGUUGAAGUGGUGGCUAUUACAAUAGAUUACACGGAACAAGAUUCCCCGGAAUAA